CUCCACAGACUGAAUCCACGUCUCUGCUCCUGGAUCAGGUCUGCUCGUUCCCCGGAAGCAGCCUCCUGCAGGUGGGAGGGGAGAGGCGCGCGACCAGGUGAGCCUCCCUCUCUGCACCGUCACCGGGACAAAGGUGAACCAGGACCCGGAGGAGUCACACGUCCUGACUUUAAAAACUAAAGUCUUCAUCAUGGAUUUAACACAAGACUCGAUCCUGUCCGUGCUGAUCGCGGAGGGGGGCCGGGUGAAGAAGUCCGAUCUGGUGGGUCACUUCAGAGACUCGGUGAACUGCGCGGAUCAGACCGACAGGGAGCGGAACAGAGACCUCUUCAAGACUCUGGUGAACCAGGUCGCCUACGUCAAAGAGAUCGACGGGGUCCGGUACGUGGUGGUGAAGAAGACCUUUCAGCAUUUAUUAAAGAGAGAGACUCAGACUGAGGAAGACCCAGCUGACAGAGAGACUCAGACUGAGGAAGACCCAGCUGUGAGGACUGAGGAGAACCCAGCUGACAGAGAGACUCAGACUGAGGAAGACCCAGCUGUGAGGACUGAGGAGAACCCAGCUGACAGAGAGACUCAGACUGAGGAAGACCCAGCUGACAGCCAGCUGACAGGGGAGCAGCAGCGCCCAUCUGUGAGGACUGAGGACUCUGAGACACCAGAGAAUACUGAACCAGAUCAACAACAGGCAAGUCCACAUGAUGAAGACCCUGCAGAAGACUUGUCCCCCAUCCAGCUGGCUCUGCGGAGAUCCAUAAUAAAGGACAUUAAAGUGAAAAAGGUUCUGAGCUUUGAGACUCAGAGGCAUGAACCUGACUCCAGAAGAGAACCGACCAGAGUCCAGAACAAACCGUUCGCCUUGCCUCUAAGAGUGCCACCCAGUCCCGUCAGAGUGGAGGUCCACAAACUUAAGGGGGACCCUCCUGAGAGUCCUACACCUGAGUCCUGCAGGAACAAGAGGAGGCCUUCAGUGGAGUCGACCUGCAGCAGCAUCAGCUCCCCCCAGCUGAGGAGGGAGGUGAAGAGCAGCAAGGCGUCUGAGGACACCAGGGGGCCCUCUUUGGUUCCCCUGGAGCAGUCCGAGCAUGAAUGGCUGGUCCACUGCGCCGCCGGACACUGGAGCCAGGCGUACGGUCUGCUGCUGAGAGACCACCAGCUGGCAGAGAAGAGGGACUUCAUGUCCGGGUUCACGGCUCUGCACUGGGCGGCUAAAUGUGGGAACAGCAAAAUGCUCCUGAAGAUCGUGGACCUGUCCAGAGACGGGGGGGUCGACCUCGACAUCAAUGCAAAGACUCACGGCGGGUACACGCCUCUGCACAUCGCCGCCCUGCAUGACCAGGAGUACAUCCUCACCAUGCUGGUUGCAGAGUUAGGAGCAGACCCAAGUCUCAGGGACAACUGUGGGAAGAGGGCCUACCAUUACCUCCACAAAGGGAUCUCCAAGACCGUGAGAGAGAUGCUGGGAGAGCCAAAAGUCCAGGAGAAGGUCCAGGAGAAGGUCCAGGAGAAGGUCCCACUGGAGAAAGACGAGCUGGACCUGUUCCCAGAUCUCUCCAAAGGGUUUCAGUCCAUAAGCCGUCUCUUUCAGCCUCACAUGACGGGCCAGAAGAAGAAGCACAAGCAGAGGCCGGGGAUUUACUCCCUGAGCGAUGACCCCCCCAUCGAGGAGAGGGAGGACUGUGGGGGGUUCAGACACAGACUGGUGUCAGAUGCUUUCAUGUAGACUCUGAAAGUCUGUCUUACUGAAGGAGAAGAGACAUGAUGGACACAGACUCAGAGACAGGAUCCUCUCCUGGUCUGAUGUGAAUUCUGUCUGAGACUGUUUGAGUCACCUUCAGUCUGAGACCUUUAUUUAUUGUGUCUUCAGGGACGAGUGUCAACAAGAAGAAUGAGUCAGAGAAUAUUCCACUGGGUCCUGUGGGUGGUUCUGUGAUCACUCAUCAUCUGUGGGAUCCUGAACGCAUCAUCUCUUCAGUCUGAGAGCGUCUCAGGGAUUCAACAUGUUCAAGAAGGAAUGGAGGAUAUGAUAUUUAUGUUUCAUUAAUAACUGUUUUAAAGGUGUAAUUAAGAGUGUGUGUGUUUGAGUCUAACAUUUCAGAUUAAGAUGUAUCUGACACAUAAUGUUUAAAGUCUGUAAGAGACUCAGAUUUAAAGAUUGAAUGAACUUGAUAUCAGGAAUAAAUCUGUCUGAGAUA